AUCUGAAUGUGAGGAAUGCGGAGAGAACUUCUGAUCGGAACCAGUAACCUGAUUUAAUCAGUAAUCAAAAAUCCGUGGAUCUUUCAUCUGUUUAAUUUGAUUUAAAUAAAAACCCAUCUGCAGCAGGAAGUUCGGGCUGUUCCGAUCUGGGACCAGUUCUGGCUGUGAGGCGGAGUCAGCGGACUCAUCAACGCUCCCACGGAUUCAGAUCCGAGUCCUGUCCAGAUUUCAUCUGAGCGUCAUGAAAUCACGCCGCCUCUCCUCGUUUUUGGUCCCUCUGCUGUUCCUGCUCCCGGUUCUGUGGGCCGGUCCGGGUUGCGCUCCCUGUGACCCGGCUCAGUGUGCUCCUCUCCCGGCUGAGGGUUGUCCCGCCGGGUCGCUGCGGGACUCCUGCGGCUGCUGCGCGGUUUGCGCCGCGGCGGAGGGAGAGCUGUGCGGUGGUCGCCGCGGGGCAGCGCGUCGCUGCGGCUCCGGACUGGAGUGCGUCAGAAGCGAUGACGACAAGAAGAGCAAGACCGGCGUGUGCGCGUGCAAGAGCAACUACGAAGUCUGCGGAACCGACGGAACCACGUACAAGAGCGCCUGCGCACUGAAGACCGCGAGCAGGUCAGAGGGCAAAGAACCCAUCAACAUCCAGAACAAAGGCCGCUGCGCCUCAGCUCCUGUCAUCGUCACUCCUCCAGGCCAGGUGUACAACGUCAGCGGGUCCCAGGUGUACCUGAGCUGUGAGGCUGUGGGUGUGCCUACACCUGUCCUCACCUGGAAGAAGAUCCUUGGUGGAAAGAGAAAGGCGGAGCUUCUUCCUGGAGAUCGGGACAACCUGGCAAUCCAGACCAGAGGAGGACCAGAGAAACAUCAAGUGACCGGCUGGGUUCUGAUCUCCCCACUGACUGAAGAAGAAGAAGGAUCAUACGAGUGUCAUGCUGCCAACUCCAAAGGUGAAGCGUCGGCCAUUGGAGCGAUCCACCUGGUUGAUUCCAUCUAUGACAUCAUCGCCAAGGCAGGGAUGAAGGAGGCCGAGCUGUGAUCAGCGGAUCAAAACAAAAACAUCAGUUUAACAUUUUCUGUUUCUUUUCUUCUAAAGUAUUUUAACAUUUGUUCAGUAUCCUAAGGUUCAUUUUUUUCUCUAACUGUAAACUUUUAAUUAUUUUUUAACGUUUUCUUUCUGCAGUAACUCAGAUGUUUCUCUGACUUUUAUUUUGAAGGGUGAAAUGAACCACAGCUCAGCUCAGUUUUUUGUUCUAUUAAAGGGACAAUAGGUGUGUUUGCAGCCAGGUUAUGUUCUGGAUCUGACCUUUUAAAGCUUUCCUUCUUGAUAAAAACUGUUUUGUUGUGGAUGAAAAGAAGAUGUGAUUUUCCAUUAUGUGAAUUUACUCAGAUGGCUAAAACUAGGUUUUCUUUCUCUAGAAACUAAAGUCAAUAAAUGAGAUUGUUACCAAGUUAAA